UCAAGUCAGUGGCUCCAAGCUAAAGUAGCGGCGACCGUCACGAACGAAGAUGGAUAGUCCUUCUGCUUCAAAGGAUGGGACAGAAAAUAAAAAAUGCCAGUGCCUGAAUAAAGUAAGCAAUUUCAUCACUGGUUCGAUGGAAAAAGGGUUUUAUAGGUUGGGAAAAGCAGUUGGUGGAAAUCCCUGGAUUGCUAUCUUAAUUUCACUCAUUGUUUGUGGAGGAUGUGCUGCUGGACUGAUCAACUUUACCCAGGAGGCUCGGGGGGACAAGUUAUGGACUCCUGAAGAUUCAACUACACAAAAGCACAAACUGUGGGUGGAUGAAAAUUUUCCUUUAGAAGUGCGCUUUUCCACAGCUCUACUUGUGGCAGGAGAUGUUCUUACUCCUGCAGUUUUGAAAGAGGCACUUAUGAUUCAAAACAAGGUCACCAAAAUAGGCAAUGGAACUGAUAUUUCUUGGGAAAAAUUUUGUUUUAGGGUUGGUCCAGUUUGCUCUAACAAUGGUCUACUGGAGCUUUGGUCGUUUAACGAGACUCUCAUCAAUUCUCUAACAAAGGAAGAAAUCUUGAAGAAAAUAAACCAACCAGUCAUAAUAAGUCCUGUGACAAACAAAAGAUUUGUGCUGUCCCAAUACUUGGGAGGAAUCGCGAAGAACGAAUCAGGUUACAUUACAAAGGCUGAAGCAACAUCAAUGUCAUAUGGGAUAAAAUAUACCCCUGAACUGAACAAAAACACAGGAGCUUUGGAGGAUAAAAAUACAGAUGAAUGGGAAGAAAAAUUUGGAAAAUUGAUGGAUGCUCAGGAGCCAUCAUCUGCAGAGCUGUAUUAUUACACACGUCUCCAAGACCGAACAGAUUCAGGUGACAGCAUUCAAGGUGAUAUUCAACUCCUGUCCAUUGGGUACAUUCUUAUCAUUAUUUAUGUUGCUGUUAUGCUUGGAAGAUUAACUCGUCUCAAUAUCAAGGCUUGGCUGGCAUUACUUGGUGUCAUUUGCAUUGGACUGGCCAUUGGUGUGUCAUUUGGGCUGGCCAGCGCUUUUGGAGUUUUUUAUGGUCCUGUUCACUCAACACUGCCAUUUCUUUUACUUGGUAUUGGAGUAGAUGACAUGUUUGUUAUUGUACAAGCAUGGAACAACUUAUCCCCUGACACUCAUAAGAACCAAGAAGUUGCAGAGCGCAUUGGACUUGCCUUAAAACAUGCUGGCUGUUCAAUAACAAUUACAUCUUUGACUGAUUUCUUGGCUUUCAUGAUAGGAGCAACCACCAUUUUACCAGCCUUGAGAUCUUUCUGUCUUUUUGCUGGAAUUGGUAUUUUAGCAGACUUUGCACUUCAGGCCACUAUGUUUACAGCCUUCUUAGCUCUGGAUGCCAGAAGGCAAAAUAAGAAUCGAGAUGGCUGCUGCUGUUGUAUCAAGCUGAGAGAUGAUUACACAGAAAGUAAGCGUGGCAAAAGAGAUCUCUUGCAGGAAUUUAUGGACAAAUAUUUUGCACGAGCUUUACUGUCACUUCCAGGAAAGAUCGUUGUGAUAAUUAUAACAGGAACCCUUUUUGGUGUUAAUUUAUACGGUACACUGAUGCUGCGGCAGUACUUCGACCGCAUCUGGUUUUUGCCAGUCGACUCAAUGAGUUACAAGUACAGUACAAUGAAUACCAAGUAUUUCCCUGUGGAUGGGAGACCGGCAAAUAUCUACACAGGAAAGUUUGAAUAUUUUGAAAAUCAAGGCAAACUACACGGCCUUUACGAUCUGGCAGUCAGUGACGAGUAUGUGGUGGCAAGCUCAGUGAACAGUUGGUAUGAAGAAUACAUUGACUGGGCCAAGAAAGUGAAACCAGGACAAGUGUUUGAUCAGAGCAGCUCUAAAUGGAAAAUAAACAGCAAAACGGAAUUCUACAAAUGGCUGAACGAGUUUCUAAAGGAGCCUGGGAUCAGCUAUCGUAAUGAUGUGCGAAUGAAGAAUGGAACGGGGUCAACCUUUGAAAUUACAGCUACUCGAAUGAGAUUGACGCAUAAAGACAUGGACUCCACACAAACAGAAGUCAAAGCUAUGGAGGACUUGCGUGAAAAAGUCGGAGAGAUGUUCCCCGAUGAGCUUGCCUUCCCAUUCUCUUUUUUUUAUCUGGGAUGGGAGACAAACAAGGUGAUCUCCGAGGAACUGUUUCGUAAUAUGGGCCUGGCAUUAAUGACAGUGUUUCUGGUGACUCUGCUUGUCCUGGCAAACCUGUGGACCUGUCUUCUUGUUUUCACUUGUGUCGGCUUCACUUUGGUCAACAUCACAGGUACGAUGCAUUUUUGGGGCCUGACAAUUGAUACUGUGAGUACUAUCUGUCUGGUGCUGGCGGUUGGGCUGUCUGUGGAUUACGCUUCCCAUGUUGGACACACUUUCAUGAUAAUACCAGGCUCGCGAACCGAACGUGCUCGCGCUACUUUGAGGGAUAUUGGGCCAGCAGUGUGGAAUGGAGGUUUCAGUACAUUUUUAGCUGUGUUUCUUUUGGCGUUUUCCAAUUCGUAUGUGUUUAAGACGUUCUUCAAGGUGUUUUUCUGUGUAGUCGUAUAUGGUUUGUUUCACGGCUUGUGCUACCUUCCCGUGCUGCUCAGCGCUAUCGGACCAGCUCCGUACGAAUCUGCGCAGUCGCAUCAUGAUGGCAAGGGAACUAGGAGCCGGUCACCGGUCCACCCCGCGGGGCUACCGGGGGAUAACGUCAGUUAUGAACUGGCUGUGGCUAAUGGUAAGGGCACCCCACGGAAGAGUGCCCAAAAUGGCGGAUAUCCCAUCCCACCUCCGGACUAUCAAGGUGUUGAUGCGUCAAAUUUGGCCAAUGGAUCCAAAGAUAAUCAAGCGUUCAAAUCCAGUGUUGCUACAGAUCUGAACAAGGCCUAGCCGGAACACAAAUUAAGUAGGAUGUUAAAAUUGUAUACUUCCAUUCUUCUGUCUUUGUUUUCUGCCCCUUUUCCAAAAAGCACCUAUUUUAGAUAAUGAUAGAGUACCUUGGAGAGACAAACACCUUCUUAAUUGUCAUUUUCCAUCAGCAUGUUCUGUUAAGGAGUGGGGGUGGGCCUUGGCCUGGUCGGCGGAGUGGUGGCUGAGCGAUAAGAUAGGUAGGAAAGUUAUCAAAAUAUUUUCGAUCAAUAAGUUUUGAGAAUGUCGCUUGUUUGCCUCUCCUUGUGGAAAUUUGAAAGUGUGUUCCUUUAUCUCUGAACUGAUUUCUGUUGAAGGGUUUUUUUCAAGAAUUUAUCCAAUCACAAUUGGUACUUGGUAAUUGGUAGCUGUGGCCUUAAAACCUAAGAAAAUUUAAUUAGCGGGACUUGCGGUCGAAGUAUAGUCCUGAGGGAAAAGGGAUUUUUGGGAAAGAUAACCCGCGGGCCUUGGGUUGUGGCUAGUAAACUAGUCAAAGAAUUGCCGCUUAUUUUGUACAUAACUUGGUAACGUUUUGGUACCAUAUUUAAAUGAAUAUUUACAAGUGAAUAGACGUUUUUAAACAUUUUAUUUACAAAACUGUAUCCACAUUAAACUUUGCGUAUAUUGUGUAGUUUUUUUUAUAUGCAAAACUUGUCAAACAAGUGAAUUAGCUUCAACUAAUAACGUAAGAUGCAUGUUAGUAAUGUGAAUCGCACCUCUGAUCUAAGUUGGGAGCGAUAGCAAAGGCGUUUUAGAGAUGCAUACGGUGACCACAAGUGCAGAGCUCUCUCUCUCUCGGACUUUCUGUUAAGAUCUCGAGUCUGCAGUGUUUAGUCUUAGAUAACAAAGCAACCCUAGUUCGUAAAUUGCUUCAUGUCAGAACGCGCAAAAUGCACUUAUAUUCCACCUCUAGUUGCCUUACGCAUCUCAUAAUUGUCUUUGCCGAAGUUCCCCUUGUAGAAUUGAGUUACUUUUAAUAUGACUGCAUUAUAGUAAGUAAUACUUUCGCACUUUUAGACUUAGCGUUAACACUUAACAUAGUUUAGGAUCAGAUCUUAAGAAAAUACUUGGGCUUGCAGCUGGCAAAUGAACCUUUCUCCAAACCGGCAGCCAUAGCGAGGAAGCACACGAUUAAAACAUUACUGAAAAUUAGAAGUCGAUGAAACUCAAACUAUCGGGAAAGAGAUGGUCAAAAGACUUUUACGUAUACAUUCAAUGAGUUAAGGGUGUUGCGUAAAUCCUUCAAACAUAACAAAUACUUGUGAUUAUCUCAAAUCUUAACUCAGCUAAAAGAUCAUUUGCCAACGGGUGUCUCACCCAGGUACUGGAGAAAGGUCCAUCAUCAGUGUGUGUUUUACUGUUUAGGCCUCUGUGUAGUGUAUACAUUAGGUUUCCUUCGUGAGAUGGGAAUGCCAACUACAUCCCAAGUCUGCUUUGUUCCCAGGUUCUCUCCUUUACCUUCCUUGUCGUUGAGAAGAGAGACAAGGCAGGGAAAAAAGGAGACCCUGGGAACGAGUUUAAUGGUUUCUCAGUUUCUCUUAGGUGUUUUUCUAUAUUACCGCGAAAUAGCCAAUUAAGUAAUGUGUACUUGUUCAAGUUGUUAUUUGCAUCCUGUAUGGUGAAGUAAACUGUGAUAACCAUAUUUGUGAAAAGUUUACUCAAAUAAAAUACUACACAAACAAA